GGCGGAGCGGCCGGAGUGGGACCGGGCGAUCGGCGGCGGCGGCCCGGGCGGGUUCGAGCCAGGGGUCGAUCUCGGGAACCGGAGCAAAGUCGAGCGUCCCGGGCCAGGUGCCGGGGCGCAGGUACCCCCCAACCCCGACCGUCCCGCGAUGCGGUAGGAGCGGCAAGCGCGCGCCCUGCCCGGUGCCCGGUGCCAGCCGCCGCCUGUCGCCGGGUCCAUGGCGAGUCCCGGCUGGGGGUUGCUCCUGGCGUUCGGCCUCCCGCUGCUGCCCGCCCGAUGGGGCGGGGUCUGGGUCCAAGCACUGGAGCUUGUUACGAAUGAGACCGGUAACAACACGACCAGCCAGCCAGAAGAACCUAGCUCUGGUGGCUUGUCCAAGGAGGCCAUCACCGCCAUCAUCGUCGUCUUCUCCCUCCUGGCCGCUCUGCUGGUGGCCGUGGGGCUGACACUGCUGGUGCGGAAACUUCGCGAGAAGCGGCAGACGGAGGGUACCUACCGGCCCAGCAGUGAGGAGCAGUUCUCGCACGCAGCCGAGGCCGGGGCUCCCCAGGACUCCAAGGAGAAGGUGCGGGGAUGCCUGCCCAUCUAGGUCCCCCCCUCCCAACGUGCACCCCCCUUCCCUGCUGUGGGACUUUAAGGGGAGGCGGACGCCUCUCUGCCCAAUGCCUAAAGACGUAAGGGAAGAAGGUGCUUCACAGACCGGCCUCCAGGGGGCGCCGCCCUUAGCGAUAAGCAGUUCCUCCGACGCCCGUGGGAAUAAAAUGUUUCGUGGAGUUGGUGGCGGGGCGGGAUGCAGCUAUUCUAGCGGGGGAAGCCACGGAGGGUCCCUCGGCUGUUGAGGCGUGAGCUGUAAAGCUCCAGGCGAUCCCGGGGGCUCGGAGGGCUUCCUGAAAAUGGGGGGACUUUUUUGCGGAGACCAAGAGCCAACUGGAAGUGGGGGACACUUCUCCAAAGAAUAAGAAUCGUGCUUCCAUGUAACGCAAAAGAUUACGCUUCCAGGACGGACGGUGGGAAGGGUCUCUGAGCCGACAGUGGCCCCCCUCCCGCCACAGAUAAAC